UUACUCGAAGCCUCCAUCAAGCUUCUGUCGCAACUUUCGAAUGUUACAUUUGCCUUAUCGAGAAGACUGGUCCUGAUUAGUGGUCCACCAAGGUUACAGCGCCUUGAACCUAUCGCUUCUAGUGAAAAAUGUGUGGAUCAAGGUAUCUGCAAUCUCGUCAUAAAGCAUUUUCAGGAUGUGCAGUAUGAGUUGCAUUGAUGAUGUUUUACUUGCUUCUAACUACAAUAUCAAACAUACCUUCUCUUUUCAAUUCCCAGAUCCCCUAAACUUGACCAUCCUGAACGGGGCCUCGCGUUCUCGACUUCCAGCAAAAACUCUACGCUACCAGACCAGCCACACUAUCCAGCAUGCCAGCAGCCGUAUCACCUGAGAGACCUCGAAGCGGUAUUACCCGUCUGACUGGAUGCCGACUUGUCAAAGGCAACACAUUAGUGGAAGAAGACCUUUGGCUCUCUUCUGUUACAGGACGCAUCCUACGCAGCCAAGAAGUGUUCUACGAGCAUCAAGCAGCACCAGACGAGGUCAUCGAUCUUGGCGGCCGUAUCGUCUCCCCUGGUUUCAUUGAUGUACAAUUCAAUGGCGCAUUCGGCUUCGACUUCUCGCAAGCGCCACAAGAUCCCAUCUCAUAUCGCAAGGGCCUUAAAGAGCUGAAUAGACGCUUGAUUGGAACUGGUCUUACGUCAUAUCUACCCACCAUCACCAGUCAAAAGCCAGAGCUCUACCACAGCGCAUUGCCAUAUCUGGGUCCUUCUGGUGCGGCCCGUGAUGCAGAUGAAGGAGCAGAGUCACUAGGUGCACACGUCGAAGGACCUUUCCUCAGUCCAACCAAGAAUGGCAUCCACAGUCCUGAAGUGCUUCAGUCUGCAACAUCCUUCGCCGACCUCGAAGCUUGCUAUGGCGCCCAUAACCUCUCCAACAUCAGAAAAUUGACCGCAGCCCCUGAAGUCGGCAACAUGACCUCAAUAAUCCCAGAUGUCAUCAAACACGACAUCAUCUUCAGCAUCGGACACACAGAAGCCACAUACGAAGAAGCUUCUGCAGCCGUAGCCGCCGGAGCAAAGAUGAUCACUCACCUGUUCAACGCCAUGAAGCCAUUGCAUCAUCGCAACCCCGGUGUCUUUGGCAUUCUGGGUCACCCGUCCACGCAUACCCCUUUCUUCGGUGUCAUCGCUGAUGGCAUACAUCUUCACCCCACUACCGUCAAGAUCGCAUACGCCGCACACCCUGAAGGCAUGAUUCUGGUCACCGACGCCAUGAGUCUUGCCGGUCUCCCCGAUGGCGUCUACAAUUGGACAAAUGGCGACAGCAUCGUCAAGAAAGGAUCAAACUUGACACUAGACGGUACGGAUAAGAUCGCUGGUGGUUGCGCAACAUUACUGGACUGUGUAAACAACUUCCUCAACUGGUCGAAUGCGAGUAUACCUGAAGCCGUCAGAGCUGUUACUAUCACACCGGCGAAGAUGUUGGGCAUGGAAGGUGUCAAGGGAUCUCUGAAUGCUGAUGCUGAUGCCGAUUUAUUGGUGUUGUCGGAAGAGGUCGAUGGUGAGGGAAGACGUUUGCAAGUCGAUCAGGUGUGGAAGUUCGGUAGAUUGGUACAUGAGAGAUCGUAGUGUACAGAUUCAAGUGUCAAUGUUUGUCAAUGCCAUAAAAUACCCGAU